GGCAUCACACUCUGCUAUGAUCAAGACACCGUCCAUAGUCUAUCCAACGGCUCCUGUAUAAUUUACCUAUUUCAGCUUUUUCAGCCCUAGUGGCAUAUCUUGUAAUAAAUGGAACAACUCGUGGCUCCAGUCAAUAUAUAAGGCUGGAGAGGGGUGGAUGGGAGGCACGAGAAAAAAACAACCUAAAUUUCCUAUGUUCUUACCUUCCAGUUUUGCCUACCAAUUCUCUCAGUUUUGCUUCUAAUUUCAGUAUACUGUCAAUUUAUUAGUCAAUUCUUGUUCAUGUCUCAGCCAAUUUAGCACAGUAUCCUGACAUUUUGGUAUCAUGAGCGUCGAUCCUCCAACCAAAAAAAUCCCCCCCGGGCUCAAUCCCCGUCCCGAUUCUGUCUCCCGUUCCUCCACGCCCGUUCCUCCACACACCACUACCUCCAGGCCGGCCUCAAUCAUCCGGACUCGAUCCAUGGAGCGCCUCGAGCAGCAACAGGAGGAGGCUGCUCUCCUCGCCGCCGCACAAGAACAGGCGCGCGCCGAGGAAGAAAUCGCGGGCCGCCUACCACGGGAGGUGCUCAACAUCAACCGCCGCCUCGAUCUGCAGCAGCAAUCGAUGGAGAAGAUGCAGACCGACAUGACCUGCUUGGUGGCCAUGGUGACGCAGCUCAGCACCACGCUGGGAAAGCGGCCAGAAGCAGCACCACCUGCGUCGGAGGAACCACCCGCGCCCGCAAGCUGUUCGACCCCGCCCCCACACCAGCUUCCCCUGAGUCCCAUCAUCGAAGGAUCGACACCAACGGACUCGUCAGCGUCGGCGUCGGCGUCGGCUUCAGCACCACAUGCACACUCCGCUUCCGCUCGGCCACUGCAAUUCGGUAAUGCCAGCCACCCUCCCUCUUCCUCCCCUAACACUUACAGUUCUGGCACAAAUUUGCAAACCCCUUGUAGAGCCCCACCCACCGCGCCAAUCCCCCCACCAAAUUCCCAGCCUUUUACAACAUCCGUUCCACCAACAAAUUCCCAACCUUUUACAACAUCCGUUCCACCAACAAAUUCCCAACCUUUUUCCGCUUCCAUGCCUCCACCUAGCUCUCAACACCUUCCAUACUCUGCCCCAUACCACCAAAUCCACCAAUUCACAAACCCUCAAACUUACCCUCAAUAUUACCAGCAACCUACGCCUCAGUACUACCCGCCGCCACAAUAUACACCCCAAUACACGCCACCCUCACCAGCCCCUUACUACCCACAUUAUAACAACAACACUUAUCAGAUGCCAUAUCCGGGUGGAGUUUCUCACCAGCCUUUUUAUUACCCUCCCCAAACACAAGCCUACACACAUGCCACUUACACUCCACCUAUUACCAUUCAUACCCCACUGCCUCAACAGAACCAAAACCCACCUGCCAAUAAUCCUCCUCCACCUCCUUUCACUGAACCUCACAUUAGAACCCCAUCUGUAGAAUUGCCACUCUUUUAUGGUGACAGUGCAUAUCAGUGGUUGCAAGAUUGCGAAGGAGUAUUUGAACUCGCUGGCAUCACUAAUGAUCACAAGAUGAAGUGGGCGGCAGCACACAUUCGUGGCAAAGCAAAAGUCUGGCUAAAUAAUUGCAAUAUUCAACCUCAGCUGAUGAAUUGGAUCCAGUUCAGAGAAUUACUUCUGGACAGAUUUCCGGAGGCAGAAGCUCAUGACACAAUGGACCAAUUCCAACAACUGAAACAGCAAACAACUGUCAAUGUCUACAUUGACACCUUUGAGGAGUGGAUGACAAUGAUGAAGAAAGACCAUGCUUAUCUUCCAGAGCAUUUCUUCACAUUGAGAUUCAUCACAGGUUUGAAAGAGACAAUCAAACACGCUGUCAAGACUCAUAAACCACCUGACUUGAGAUCUGCAUUCUGGUAUGCAAGACAAGAAGAGCAAGCAUAUUUAGCAGUCAACAAGAGACAAAACACAAUUUCAAUAGCCAACAGACCACCUACCGGCAAUCAGAUAGCCAGACCUCCUCCUCCAAGGGAACAACGACCGAAACCUGUACCCAAUAGAAACAAAGAGAAGGGUCAGUGUUGGUAUUGUCCUGAGCAAUGGUCUUUUGGUCACAAAUGUGAAGGAAUGAGAAGCAUAAUUCACGCUCUUGAAAUGCAAGGUCAUAGUGAUGACGAAGAAGAUGAAGAGGUGGCUGCACUUGUUGAAGCACAGCAAGAAAUUGCUCCCCCUCCCCUUGCAGUCAUACAACAACCUCCUCCUGCAACCAUACAACAACCUCCAGUUGGGCAACAUCCAGAUAAGGCUCAAUUGAUGCAAUUAUCCUUACAGGCCCUUCAUGGCAUGCCUGGAGAAGGUACUCUAUCAGUGCAAAUACACAUAGCAGGAAAAACAGCAAUGGCCUUGAUUGAUACCGGCAGCACCAAUACCUUUCUGGACAGUGAGUUUGUGCAAGCACAGGGACUACAGAGGAUUCCUAUUCCUUCAAGAACAGUCACUGUAGCUGGAGGUGGCGAGUUAGCCUGCCAAUUUCUGGUCCCUCAGUGUAGCUACAAGUUACAAGACACUGAAUUUACAAACGAUUUCCAUGUACUGCCACUCAAAGGGUAUGAUAUAAUUCUUGGAGCAAAUUGGCUCAAGCGGUUCAGUCCCAACUUCAUCGAUUGGGAAAGAAGAAGCAUCUCAGUAUAUCAUAAAGGCAAAUGGCUUAUGUUGAAGGAUCACCAAGUUAGAGGCAAGAAUUGUGUCAUCUCCGCAAAGGCGUGCGCUAAACUGUUAGCGCAAGGCGCAUCAGCAUAUGUCCUACAACUCAAUUCACAUGACUCGACAGAUAAGAAGAAUUCUGAAAGUCCCUCUCUACAAACUAUAGAUGAUAUAUUAGCCCAGUUCCAGGACCUAUUUGAAGAACCUCAAGGUCUGCCACCACCAAGAAGUUGCGACCAUGCUAUUCCUCUCAAGGAGGGCGCAACACCUCCUAACAUUCGUCCUUAUCGAAUGCCUCACAAACAGAAAAAUCUUGUGGAAGAGCUUGUCAGAGACCUCUUAAUCAAAUGUGAGAUAAGGCCCAGCACUAGUCCUUACUCAUCACCUGCUAUUUUAGUAAGGAAAAAAGACAAAACGUGGCGCUUAUGCGUUGACUACAGACAGCUGAACGCGCUGACAAUCAAAAACAAGUACCCCAUUCCGGUAAUUGAAGACUUGUUGGAUGAGCUUCAGGGUGCUCAUAUAUUCUCCAAGCUGGACCUUCGCUCCGGUUACCAUCAAAUCAGAAUGAAUCCAUCUGAUAUAGCAAAAACUGCCUUCAGGACUCAUCUCGGACAUUACGAGUACAUGGUCAUGCCCUUUGGCUUAACAAAUGCACCAGCAACGUUUCAGGAACUCAUGAACAGCGUGUUUGCUCCUCUGCUGAGAAAAUUUGUACUCGUCUUCUUUGACGACAUACUAAUUUACAGUUCCAAUGUACAAGAGCAUCAUCAUCAUCUCAAAACUGUCUUGCAACUACUGCGUGCUCAUCAACUGAAAGUGAAGAGGUCAAAGUGCAUGUUUGCAACAGAGACAGUAGAAUAUCUGGGGCACAUUAUUUCAGGUUCCGGCGUUGCUACAGACCCAAGCAAAAUAGGAGAUAUAUUAUCUUGGAAAACUCCUACAUCAGUGACUCAGUUAAGAGGAUUUUUAGGCCUGACUGGGUACUAUAGGCGGUUUGUAAAACACUAUGCUAUAAUCUGCAAACCCCUUCAUGAAGCACUCAAGAAAGACAAUUUCACAUGGGGACCUAUUCAAGAACAAGCUUUCAACUUAUUGAAGCAAACAAUGACUUCCCCUCCAGUCCUAGCAUUACCAAACUUCGAGCUCCCGUUUGUCCUCGAAACGGAUGCUUGUGCAACUGGUCUAGGUGCAGUGCUGAUGCAAUCAGGAAAACCUAUAGCUUACUUCAGCAAAGCCAUAGGACCUAAAGCAGCUUCCCUUUCUAUCUAUGAGAAAGAGGCUAUGGCCAUCCUAGAAGCAAUCAAAAAGUGGAGACACUAUCUGUUGGGGAACAAGCUGACAAUAAAAACAGACCAACGCAGCUUGAAAUACUUAGCCAGUCAAAGGUUGCUUGAGGGCAUACAGCACAAACUCAUGAUGAAAUUGCUGGAAUUUGAUUAUACGAUUGAAUACAAGAAAGGCAGCCAGAACUCAGUGGCAGAUGCCCUCUCCAGGAAGGAUCAACCUACUGAAGCAUGCUCAGCCAUUUCGGCAGCAGUUCCUUCAUGGGUAGUUGAUGUAGAAACAAGUUACAUUGGCGAUGACAACUGCCUGCAGUUAUUGCAAGAACUGGCUUUAAACCCCAAUAGCCAUCCCAAUUAUACUCUCAAAUCAGGCCUCCUUCGUUACAAACAUAGAAUUGUUAUUGGCUCAGCUACAAACCUGAAGAGCAAAUUGUUCAACACAUUUCAUUCAUCUAGCUUUGGAGGUCAUUCUGGUCAACGAGUUACCUAUCAUCGACUCAAGCAAGUCUUCUUUUGGCCAAACAUGAAGCAGUAUGUUGCUGAAAACAUCAGUCAAUGCCCAGUCUGUCAGAUAUCAAAGACAGAGAGGCUGCAGUACCCUGGUCUCCUACAACCCUUAAACAUACCUAAGAGAAAAUGGGGAGAGAUUAGUAUGGAUUUCGUGGAAGGUCUUCCUAAAUCACAUGGAAAGGAUGUCAUCUUGGUGGUAGUUGAUAGACUUACCAAAUAUGCUCACUUCUUACCUAUGUCUCAUCCUUAUUCAGUGCAUACAGUGGCUCAACUGUUUAUUGAUAACAUCUUCAAGUUGCACGGUAUGCCGACUGCCAUUGUCACAGAUCGUGACCGCAUCUUCACCAGUAAAUUGUGGCAUGAAGUAUUUUCUGCUCUGAAAGUUGAUCUGCGGUUCUCGACAGCUUAUCAUCCAGAAACGGACGGUCAAACUGAAAGGGUCAACCAAACCUUAGAACAAUAUCUGAGAAGUAUGGCUUUCAUGGAACCCCGAAAAUGGAGUGAAUGGCUUCCAUUAGCAGAGUGGUGGUACAAUUCUGCUUAUCACACUGCCAUAAAAACGUCACCAUUUCAAGCACUCUACGAAUAUUCACCUGAAGAAACACUUGGGCCCAUCUGCCGUUCCAAAUGCAAAACUCCCAAUGCUGACUCCCCAAGUAUCCUGACACAUACGACUACACCUACACGAGCACGGAAGAACACAGGUGGAGCAGCACGAUGCAAGGUCUUGGAGGUGUGUGACUGUCACAUCGCGGCGGCGUUCGCCCUCGCCGAGCCACCUACAGCUGCGGCGGCGGAGGCGGAGAACAGAUCUAGCAAAUCCUGCAGCAUCAGCAUCUGUGUCGUCGAUUGCCAGGUUCCUGCAGCCGGUAGCGCGCCAGCGCCGCAGUACCUGGACACAUCUGUGUCGUCGUCUUCCCUGCGGCCGCUGUCCUACAAAUGCGAGCAAACGGGCCAGAGCACGGGGGAAAGGCUGUUAGAGAUGUAG